AUGUCGACACUUUUGCGAACGGCAGUCAACGGUCACCAUCAUAGCCAGCACGGCACAGACCUCCCCAGGCCGACGAGCCCCACUGAGCGCGCUCUGAACACGCUACAGCAUGCAUCGGACGUACAGAGCCUCAUUUUGUACGCCCAGUCUAUCCUGCGCCUCGGCAAGCUACCCAGCGUCUCGCUGACCUCUCGCAAAUCCAAUUCGGAGCUCGUCUACUCGCUCCGUACACUGCUCGAGACGAGCUUGCCAUUGCCUCAAUGUCCCUCGAGCUGCGCGUCGGAGAGCUCAAAAGCAGAGUCGAGCUCGAUCGAGCCCAUGCAGACGAACGGCAGUCAGACCAACAUAGAAGCAGGAUGGUGCGCAUGGUCACCCAAGGAAAGGGCGCUGUCCAUUCCCUCACCGCUCUCGCUCGAUCACGACCUGACCACCGAACAGCGAGAUUCGCUCGAUAUCACCGCCAAGUUCUUCUAUCUCAACCCACACACGUCUUCGAGCAUACCACAUCUCGAUCCGGAAUGGGUCGAGCAAGCUGUCCAGCAGUUCACACUCGCUACCGGUCUGAACGAGAUUGAUCUGCUCAUUCUGAGUCUGCCCGGGGUUGUGUACGACGAGGAUGAUCCGGACGGGGGCUGUCUGGAGAACAAGAAGAGGCGAGAGAAGGGCGAAACGAGCGGGCUGUUCCAACAGCUCGACGAACGAGGACAGGAGGACGUCUUUGCGAGGUUGAGGCCAGUUUGGGAGAGCAUGUCGACCAACCCUUCACUACGCUCGCUAGGCUUGUCAGAGUUUUCAUCGGCAAGAAUGAAGCGCUUCUUGUUGGACGAGCUGCCGACAUAUACGGUUCCUCCGCCGCGGUCUGCGCCAGCAAGCGGAGAGAUCAUGAGCAUAAGGCGACCCAGAGUCAACCAGAUCAACUUGAGAGACUGCUGCUCUGUCUCACCCGAAGACAUGGCGAUCAUGAAAGACAACAAGAUUGACUUGCUCACCCACUCUGACUGUUCAGGCUGGUCGUCUUCAGGAGCGUACAAAUCAGAGACUGAUGGUAUUGCGAUUAUAGAUCUACUUCCGCCUGCGACGUUCUCUGCGCUCCUUGACGAAUUUGGCUCGCGGUUGCCGAAAGCAUUGAUUGGAGAAGGAUCUUCUUGGGGAACGGUCAAUUGGGUGCUCAAGUAUACGAUCGUGUACAAGACGCGCAAUGUCGUCGCGGACAAAGGGUAUAGUCCGACUGCUCUCACACGCUGCGGACACUCAUCAGCUCGACCAGGUAUAUUGUGCAUGCCAGCAAAUCAUGAAGACGGUCGCAUCGAGCGCACCUGUUUGCAUCUAGAUGAAUGUAUUGUGCGCGACUCUGCCUCCAAGACCUUGAGCGCUUGA